AUGAAUGAACUGUUGCAAAAGCAUGGCUGCUCUAACGUUUUUUCAGUUCCCGAAGGCCUGAAGGAACUUAUGGCUGAUAUAUCACGAGAGGUGCUACGCGCGCAACCACCAAAAAUAAACGAUUUCAUAGCCAACUACCUAUCAGUCCUGCUCAUCACCCGCGAGCACGGGCUCAUGGCGGUGAAGAUACUCGACGACCUGUGCGACUGCCGGCCCUCCGUGCUGGAACACCUGCUGCAGCUGGAGCUGGAUGACCAACAGGCGCGAACGAUCGCUGAUAUUAUCAAGGAGGAGAUUGAAGGGACAGAAGAGGUAGAGGGAAAAGAAACAAUCAGGGAGUACCAGAUAAUAAAGAAAAUUCUAGCGAAACAACCGUUGGACGAGGCGCUGACGGCGCAGGUGUGCCAAAUCGCCAGGAAUGCCUACCGAGACUACUGGUACAGAAAGAAGACAUUAAAAGAAGAUUUAAAAAUCACGUCUGAUGUCCCAUGGGAAAUAGCAGCAGAGCACACUUUGGAAAUCUAUAAGAGAACAAAACCUUCGUUCAGCGAGCUGACUCGAGCUACCGAGAAAAUUCAGGCAGCAUACAGGGGAUAUCAUGUCCGAAGAAAUAUUCUCAAACAUUUGAAACCGAAAUCGAAGAAGAAAAGAGGCCCUAAGGUUGCGCUGCCGGGACCGCCGUUGGACAUUGGAGGUUCAAGAGAGAUCGACUUGGGACCCAUGAUUGAUAUAAAAGUGCGUACAGACAACAUAAAUACUUUGUUCGGCGAGCACACCACCAAGGCCCUGGGGCUCGCCUACGACCCCUUGAUGACCAUCACCCACGUAGCUGAUGAGCAGGAGCCUCUGGAGUACACCAUUCUCCAACAAAGGAAGUCCCGUUCGCCCACGCAGGAGACGCCUUCAUCAAACCAAGCUCAGCCCAAUUCCAGCCCUCACCAUCAAAGCCGGCCGCCAAGCCGCUUGCCCAGCGUCGCUCCACCGGCGGAUCCCGCCAAUAUGAAGAUUACUUUUGCUAACGAAGCUUACUUUUGCUUCGUUUCUAAACAUGAGGGUCAUGAUAAUCAUGAGUUCAGGGUCGGGGUAUGAAAUAUUGAGCUUUUUAUACACACAGACCAACUCGUUUUUUUUUAAAUUAAAUAAUUCUUCUUUGUCGAUACACUCUUGACAGAGUGGUCGUGGUGGUCAUUUGGGUGUGGUGGCAAGCAUCACUAUCCUUAUCUAUCCAGUAUGAAUUAUAAUACUGUAGGUAUGACUUUUCAAAAGAGCAACUGUUGAGUUUCUUGCCGGUAUCUUCUCAGCAGAACCUGCCUUCCGAACCGGUGGUAGAAUCUUUACAAAUAGUCAACUGACGUGUCAAAAGUGCUUGUAAACUGAGCCUACUUGAAAUAAAUGAUUUUUGAUUUUGAUUUUGAUUUUG